AUGGCUGCUCGUCCUCCACCAGCUCGUCCACACAUUGGUUUGAAUCCAUCCCAUCGCUUCUCGUCAUACUCUGCUACAGAUUGGGCCGAGGAUGAUGCCUGGGACAGUGCCUCGGAUUCAGAAUCUCAGAGUUCUGCUACGUGGAAACGCCCUUCCAAUGCCGGAUCGUCAACCACCGCUCCGAAACCAGUUCCCAAGCCAGUCCGCAAUAAUUCAUCCACUACUCUAGCUUUCUCAUAUACCCAUGUCCAUGCUCCGAGUCCUAGCUCCUAUCCGCCGAGACAGGAAUCCACCCAUAAGAAUGGUUGGACUAUGGUCUCGAAAACGACCGCCCACCGAGGUAGUCUCGAUGCCCGCGAAUCGUCCAAGCCGAGCGGAGCAAAUACAUACGAUGAUGUCGAGGGUGACAUGAUUAUUGGUGACCUAGAUCCAGAGUUAUUAGAGCGCACCGCUAUACCCCACCAUAAACCCAGGCAAGAUCAAGGUUCCAUACGAGAUGACGUUGAAGAAAUUGUCAACGAUCCAUCGCAUCUCGUUCGUUCGCGCCCUGAGAAACGAUCUAGUUCCCAAUCCCGCUCGGCAGUAGAUUCACCACCCUCCGAUUCUGCUUCUGAGAAGUUGAAUCGCGAACGCUCAAUACGAACGAACAAGCGCCGGAGAUUCAUUGACUGUAUUACUUCUGAGGAUGUUAACAUGGCGCAACUACGGAAACUUGCAUGGAACGGGGUGCCGAGUGACCUUCGGCCAGUAGCAUGGCCCUUACUCCUUGGCUAUCUCCCUUUACCUGCACCUCUCCGUUCAUCUACUCUUGCACGAAAGCGACAGGAAUAUCAGUCGCUUGUGGAGCUUGCCUUUGCGCGAAAUCGGGAUGGCCUUGACCAGCAAAUAUGGCACCAAAUUGAGAUUGAUGUUCCUCGUACGAGGCCAGGCAUACAGUUAUGGAUGCAGGCUUGCACUCAGCGAAGCUUGGAGCGGAUACUUUAUGUCUGGGCGAUCCGACACCCCGCUAGCGGGUAUGUACAAGGCAUAAACGAUCUUGCCACGCCUUUCUUCCAAGUUUUCCUGUCAGCAUACAUCGAUUCGGACCCGGAAGAGUUUGACCCGGCGCUCUUACCUGGGAACAUCUUGAACGCAAUUGAAGCGGACACCUUCUGGUGUCUCUCUCGCCUACUUGAUGGGAUCCAGGAUAACUAUAUUGCGACUCAGCCUGGCAUUCAACGAAGCGUUAAACGAAUGGCAGAGCUCGUGGCGCGCAUUGAUCCACCGCUAGCGGCACAUCUAGAAGCGGAGAAUGUCGAAUUCAUGCAAUUCGCUUUCCGUUGGAUGAAUUGUCUCUUGAUGCGAGAAAUCAGUGUGCAAAAUACGAUCCGGAUGUGGGAUACCUAUCUGGCCGAAGGUCCAGAUGCAUUUUCGCAGUUCCAUCUCUAUGUCUGUUCUGCGUUUCUGGUCAGGUGGAGUAAGAAGUUGCAAGAGAUGGAUUUUCAGGGCAUAAUCAUGUUCUUGCAGUCCUUGCCCACACAAGGAUGGACAGACUAUGAGAUAGAGAUGCUGUUGAGCGAAGCAUUCGUGCAUUAUUCGACAUGGCACAAUGCGCAGAGUCACUUCCACGCCAAGUAG